AAUAGUGGUUCAAUCUCUCUGUUUUUCUUUUCCUCUGUUUUCCUUUUGUCAAUGAGCAUUUUUCCUGCAUUGUCUGAGCUAUAAUUUUGGCUAUCCAUAAAUGUGUUAUCAUAGCCUGCAACUAACUCACAUCCAUGCUUUGCCUUCUUUCUCACAUUUGUCAUUAGUCUCAUGUUUUAGUCAUUUCCUAGGAAUUUUGUUGGAAGUUUAUCCAAUAUCAUAACAAAGUACCACCCAAAAAUAUAUAAUUCAAACAUAUUAAGGGAACUAUAUCCACAAUCAAACAGUUGAAAGUUUGAUCUAAGUAGAGAUGGGUAGCCUAUUGCUAGAACAAAUGAAAAAGCAGACAUCAAAUUUCCUCCAAGAAAAGUACAAAUCUGCUAGGAUGACGUUUACAGAUGUUACUGAAAUUGAAUUUACUAUAUCCUUAGGCUGACUGAGGAAGCAACAAAUAAGGAUGAUUGCAGCCCUGAUGCCAAAACAAUGACUAGAAUUGCAGAGGCAUCCUUUGACAUUGAUGAAUAUUGGAGGAUUGUUGAUAUUCUUCAUAGAAGGUUGUACAGUAUUGAUUGGGAACAAUGGAGGCAAUCUUACAAAGCACUAGUUCUUCUUGAAUUCAUGCUAACACAUGGUCCUGAAGAGUUUGCUCGAGAAUUUCAAUGUUAUACGGGAAUUAUUGAAGAGCUAGGAAGUUUUACUCAUAUUGACGACAAAGGGUUUAACUGGGGAUCUAGAAUGCAAAAUCUAUCAGACCAAAUACUCAAACUCCUACAGAGUGGAGAAGCUCUCAAAGAGGCACGUUUGAAGGCUCUCAAAAUAACUAAUGAAAUACAAGGAUUUGGAAGUUCACUAAACUCUCCAUCAUCAUCAACAUCACCCACCUCAUUGUUUUCUGAAGCAUCACCAGGCUCUUCAUCAUUUAGUUCAUUUUCUACCUCGAGUACUCCUGCAAGUUACAUUUGUUCUAGUGAUCAUCAUAAAAAUGUUGUGUCCCCAUCAAAUAAUGUAAAGCAUGUGGAUGAAAACCACCUUUGGGAUGGUCCUGGAAGUGAGGAGAAGAAUGUUUUGGUGGAUUCUGAUGAGGAUGCAGGGGAAGUGGGAAAACCAAAAGGGUUUGUGAGUGAAAUGUGCUCAAAGAUUAUUGGUAGUGGCAAAAUGGGAAGUCGUGAAAAGAUUGAAUUCAGAUGCAUCUCUGAUGUUGGGAGCAAGGUGACUAAAAAGAGAUUUGAUCGCCAAUAUUCUCUUUGGUUUUAAAGGAUAGGAGACAAAUGUGGUCAUGUCUCCAUUUUGUCUGAUGUGAAGUACAAAAUUUGAUAUAUAUCAUUUUCUUCUUGAAGAUGCAUAUAAUUACUAGUUGAGUCGAGAGUGAAGUCACUUUUUUACUACUUCGAUCGAAAAUUAUUACUACACAUUUGCAUGCAGACACAAAAAUAAGUAAGAAAGAAAUGGAUGAGAGAAGUAAUACAUGUGUUAUAUGAUAGAUGCAAUGAGAACUAAGAGAUAGAUAGAAAAAUAUAU